AUGCUCCGGGCCUCGCUACGUUGCCUGCUGGCCGCGCGUUCCGCAGCUCGACCGUGUGUGCAUCGGCGGGCAUUGUCGUCUGCAAUUCGCAUGGUGCGUGGCCCGCAGGGUUCAACUUGGCACCCCCAACUGGAGCGCACUGUUGGCGGUGCCGUGAGUCCCUUGUGGACGUCCCAGCGUCUUCUUUUAGUUGAGACGAGUGAGACGCCGAAUCCUGACUGUUUGCGCUUCUACUCGAUGGAGUUGUCGUUUCUGAAACCCGGCUUCUCAAUGGACUUUCCAAACGCUGGGCAUGCAUACAAGUCUCCACUGGCUGAGAUAUUGUUUAGCAUCGAUGGGGUAGAGGCUGUGUACCUCGCCGAUGAAUACAUCACCGUACGAAAGGCUCCUCUCGUGGACUGGGACGAGCUUCUGCCGCUCAUAAAAGAGAGUAUCGCGCAGUUUGCGGAGAGUGAGGUGAGCAUCCUCUCGCAAGACGGAGAAGAGCUUCUUGCCGGUCACAAUGACGACACUGAGCCAAAGGAUGACGAUGACGAGGUGAUUCUGGCUGUCAAGGAGUUACUCGCCACACGCAUACGGCCUAUGCUGCAGGCUGAUGGUGGGAACGUGCGCUACGUGGACAUGGAUGACGGCACCGUUUUCGUGUUGCUGGAAGGAGCGUGUAAGUCGUGCCCGUCGGCGGGUGUGACGCUUAAAAACGGUAUUGAACGCAUGCUUAUGCACUGGAUACCGGAGGUUGUGGAGGUGCAGGAAUGCACGGAGGAGAUGGCGGACGACAUUCUUGCAGAGAAGGCGCUGCGAAAAAAGUUAAAAAAUGAGGGCCUAGAAAUUACUGCCAAGUGA